CAACAAUACAGUAAUCCCCCUAAAAAUGACCUCAAUAACACGCUCCCUCCGCACCCUUCACCCCUAUUCUUCCCUCCGAGCCCCGUCCAUUAAAUGUACAUAUAGAUAUACCCCAAAACGCCACCUCGGCAUCCCCCCGGCCUACCUCUUCGACGACUACAUCCCCCGCUACCAACUCCUCUCCUCCGUCGAUGCCUCCAAAAAGCGUUCCCUGGCCUACGCCCACCUGCAGAACUGCAACCUCUGUCCGCGCCGCUGCGGCGUAAACCGCUUCCACGAGACAGGGAUGUGUCUGAUCGGCGCCGAAACCGCAAAAGUGAAUACCAUCGCCCCGCAUCGCGGCGAAGAACCCUGCAUCCAGGGGUUUCAUGGCUCAGGGAGUGUGUUUUUCUCCGGCUGUAAUAUGCGGUGUGUGUUUUGUCAGAAUCAUGACAUAGCACACAAAAAAGCCGGACACGAUCUCACGCCCACCGAGCUAGCAGAGUGGUACAUGAAGCUCCAAACAGUCGGACACGUACACAACAUCAACCUAGUGACGCCCGAACACGUCGUCCCGCAAGUCGUUCUCUCGAUCCUCGAUGCAAGAGACAUGGGAUUAAAGAUCCCCAUCGUGUACAACACAUCCAGCUUCGACUCCCUCGACUCACUACAUCUCCUAGAUGGAUUAGUGGAUAUCUACCUCCCCGACUUCAAAGUCUGGAAGGGAAGUACCGCGAAGCGAUUACUUAAAGCGGAGGAGUAUGUCGAGACCGCGAAAGAGAGUAUCAAGGAGAUGCAUCGGCAGGUAGGGGAUUUGAGUUUCACCUCUGAUGGCAUUGCGAAGAAGGGGGUGUUGUUGAGACAUUUGGUGAUGCCGGGGUUGGAGGAUGAGGGGAGGGAGAUUGUAAGAUGGUUGGCGGAGAAUGUUUCGAGGGAUUUGUAUGUGCAUGUUAUGGAGCAGUAUAGGCCUGAUGCGUAUGUGAGGUAUAAGGAGAUUAAUCGUGCUGUUAGGGAGGAGGAAUGGAGUGGGGUGAGGGAGGCGGCGGUGCAGGCUGGGUUGUGGAGGUUUUGUGAGGUUAAUGAGAUGGGGGGGUUCCAUCUUUAG